UUCGUUGCUAUCUGAAGUGUGCGCAUGCGCGUAAUAACUCUUCCCUCUCGUACGGCCCUGGCAUCCUUUGCCCUGGAUUUACGACAAAAAUUGUAUCUUGAAGGACGUUAAAACCUGAAUUUUUGAUGGAGUUUGAAGAAGAUCGACAACGAGGCAGCCUAGCAAAGACUUUGUACUGAUGACUACGAAUUGAUUGAAACCCGAGACAAUUAUAUCGACGACAAACGUUUGAUCGCAUCGUCACAGGAAAGAUGGAUAUCAAGGUGAUGCUGCUGUGGAAGAUUCUAGCAAUCGCGGUAUUUUUCACCGUGGUCGAUUCCGGAAGACACCGUAACUUAAGGAGGAACAUUCGUAAAGAUGUAAUCGCUUCUAACGGAGAGGCAGUAACAUUUUUUGUCAUGGGUAACCCAUCUAACGAAGAUACGGAACAAAACGUUCCAACUAAGCGUGUGGAUGAAAGCAAUAUCAAAGCCUCAAACAAGGAUACAAUAAGUUCAAUAAAGGAUAGAUCUGCGCCAACGGGUGUAGCGAAGAAGAAGACUGUCCCAGUUCAUCAUAAAAAGACGAAGAAGAAAUCAAAAAAAUCAUCUAGAGGUAACAUUGGCAGCAUUAAUGAUAUCCAGUCUGCUUAUCGACACGGCAUCGAUGUGGAUGCUGAGAAUAGCUUGGAACGAGUCAAGAUGAUAGACGAUGGUGCGCUAACCGAUUACUUCCAUGCCAUCAAUGGCGAGGAUAACAAGCAGAAUGCUGAAUCCGAUGAUCAAGGUACCUCCCCUGAGAACACGGAAUCAAACGAAGUAUCUCAGAGUACGGACCUACCUCAAGCAAAGAUGGGAGAUACUCCGGGGAUAGAGGUUUACACGGAUAAUCCGGAGGACGAGCAAGACGACUUUUACGCUGCUAUUAACAGAGGGAAGAAGACUCCACCAUUAAUGAAGGAGAUGAGACCCACAAAGUCACACUUUGCGGAUGUUCCGGAGCAGCACUGGAAGCCGCGACAUGUGUACAGUGAUCGUCUUAGCUAUAAUUCAAACGACGAGAUGACCCCUAGUGAAGUGACCCACGGGAACGCAGGGUUUGCCAGCGCGUUGACUGAUACGGAAGAUCACAAUGAAGUCAGCAAGGCGAACAAUUUGGACACAAAAGAACAUGGCGUCCAAGAUGCUGGACGUCAUAAUGAGGCCGGGAGUGACAAUAAACCAAAAGAAGAUAGCCCUAAAGCUGGGGAUAGUGCUGGGGCUAAUAUGGCUAGCGUGAAUACAGCUAAGGUGGAAAAAAGUAAGGCAACAGAUACUGCUAAACAGGACGGCUCUAAAAGCACAAAUACAAGCACUAAUUCUUCCAAGCAAAAUUCAAACGUGACUACCAGCGACCAGAAAUCAGCUCCAAAAGAACAGACCAAGGGCAUACCUGCAAGCCAGGAUCAAAGUAAGGAUGGUGAAUUUGGAAUGGGUAGCCCAUUCUUGAGCAAUCCAUUCGUCAAUCCCUUCUCACUGUUCGAGUUCAAUAAGCCUCAUAAGCAACAAGACAGCAAGACAACUAAGUCUCCGAAUAUACAGGUUCCUAUGAAGGGGAUCAAGGGCACACAAAUUGUCGGAGGGAAGAUCACUGGGGGAAGAAUCGUUGGUGGGUUCAUUCAAGGGGGCAAUAUCGUAUCCGGCGACAUCGAGGGUGGGGUCAUCAAAGGAGGGCAGGUCGAAGGAGGCAAGUUUCUGAAUGGGACAAUGGAAGGCGGCUUGUUGCACGAUGGCGUGAUCGAUGGAGGCCGUUUUGUAAAUGGCACAUUUGAGGGCGGAUACAUGAAAGAUGGCAUUGUUUCAGGCGGAAAGAUCAAGGGAGGAAGAAUAGAAGGGGGCGAGAUCGAAGGUGGUCUUCUUAUAGGAGGGCGUUUCCGAGGUGGAAGGCUGCAAGGUGGGGUGAUGAGGGGAGGUGAGGUAGUUGGUGGUAUGAUCAAGGGUGGAAACAUAGAGGGAGGGAUUAUGACGGGUGGAAGCGUCGAGGGAGGAAGCCUGAAGGAAGGAAAGAUGUCCGGAGGAACCCUCAAAGCGGGAGCGAUGUUUGGUGGCGAAAUGAAGAACGGAAGCAUCGAAGGUGGUAUCCUGAAAUCUGGAAUUAUUAGUGGAGGUAUCCUGAAAGGUGGGACGAUAGAAGGAGGUGAGUUAAGGGGAGGAGUGGUUCUUGCUGGUAAGAUUAAAGGAGGUAUAGUAGAAGGUGGAGUGAUUGAAGGUGGAGAGAUAGGAGAGGGAGUGAUUGUCAAAAGUGGACACAUCAAUGGGACGAUUGUGGCUGUACACAGCGAUAGGGCUGGAGCACCUCCUCCUCUGAUCGUCAAAGAGCCAAAGCAUGUAGAUGACUCGGUGCAAGCUGGAAAGAAAGCCUCUUCGAAGACAAGCAAUGGCGGCAAGCUGAAGUCGUCUCAGACGGAAUCGUUUACAUCAGUACGCAAUGGUAAGCACCAUGUCGUGUUUGAUGGUAUCAGCUUUGAUGUCCCUGAAGACGGUUUUAGUGACUUGAUCAGUAGAAUGAAUGGCAACCCGAAUGACCUUGAGAAUCUCUUGAACACGGACAACGAGACAAUUGGACAUUCGACAAUAGAACAACAAACGCAGUUCACUGAUAAACCUACUGAUAAACCCACAGAACAAACACCAACGAGCAAAGUAACAAGCGCAGCUAUGGAGACAAAGUCUAGCGGUGCGCAUGACGACUCGGGCAUUAAGCCUGAGGAUAUUAUUAAUAAACUUAGCCCGACUGAGGGGCAGUCAGCAUCUCAGGCGCCUUUUGUGCAUGUGCAUGCUAAGGACAGCGCUGUCAAGCCUACAUACCACUGGUCUUUGAGCAGUCUUCUAGAUGAGCGAAUCCCCGGUAGCCCCGGGUCUGCCAUGAUCACGCACGGACACGUGCAACCCACGCGCGGAGGACUCGCGUUUAAUGGUGAAGACGCGUGGCUGGGUGGAGGGGAUUAUGCAGGGGGCUGCAUCAGCGCUCCUGACACGUGCGCUGAUGGUUUUUCAUUCGAGAUGACGCUCAAAAUGGACAAGGACGCCAUCAAUACCAACGACAUGAACUACAUAGUGGAUUCCGGUGCUUCCACGUUCAAUUCCAAGGGUUUCUCUCUAUACACGCUCCACGGCAAGCUGCGUGCGGACAUCGCGAUUCCCAAUGACGCCAUCUGCCUGGAGACGCCCAUGGAACCAGACCGCUGGCACGAUGUUCUCGUCACAUGGAAAAAAGACCAGGGUCUGCGCAUGUACAUGAACUGUGAGCUGAAGGCAGAGACUAAGAGCAAUGACCAUUGCCUGGGCUGUCGAUCAACAGGAUGUCACGUGUCCGACUAUAAUACCAAGCUCAUGAUUGGUCGGCCGAACUACAGUCCUCACUUCCACUGCACCAAAUUUGAGAGCGGAGACAUCUCGUUUUGGGAGAGGUACCUUUCACCUGCUGACGUCAGCAACAUCUGCGCCAAGGACACGGUGAUGCUGAACGAUGCAAUUCCAUCUAAAGAGCCGAUCAAGACAAUAAACCCAGAGGCCAAACCGGUCAUACUAAAGGGUACCACUCAAGAGGGCGUGGUUAGCACCCCUCUUAUCGCCCCCCUUGACACCCAAGCACAACCACAACCCGUACAACUACAGCAAGUCGUGCCCUUGCCGCAAGGGAAGUACCUCCCACAAACACCAAAGAUCUACGGUAAGGCUCCUUUUAUCGGGCCACAGACCAUUACGCCAAAUGCAAACGGAGAAUACGAAGUGAAAUUUCCCAGUAUGAUGCAAAUAGGAAAGACCUACGAGUUCGAUCAGGUCAUACCAGCAAUGCGAGCGCCUCCCCCGCAACCUUACAACAGCUACCAGCAACAACAGCCCAUGCAGAACCCCAUGAUGCAAGGCGGGCUAUAUUCGUCACCAGCCUCCUACGCGAGCGGAGUUGGGCGAGAUAGCGUACAAGCCGCGGGCACGGUGCCAAAAUACUUCACACAGUGGAGUCGUUGGAGUGCAUGCUCUAAGUCCUGCGGUUAUGGCGUGCGGGCUCGAAAACGCACAUGUCUGAAUCCUCGCAUCCUAUUGGCUGGAAGAGUGUGCAGUGGGCCGUCAAUACAACAUGGCUUCUGCUUCCAGGCGCCAUGUCCGGGUUCAACUCGUAGUCAAGCGCGCAAGUCUCUCGUGCGACAGAUCUUACGCAGUAUGGUGAACAACUUUGCUCUGCAAAUGGCGACGCACCCAACAAUCGACAAAACAUUUCUAGGUACAGCAUCGCAUGCGAAUGUCAUAAAAUCCAAAACCGCUGAGGAGCCGGGGACUACCCGGCAACUGCAUGAGUCAGAUCAUGGUGGAUAUGGUCUGUGGUCGCUAUGGGGAUCAUGUAGCAAGUUAUGUGGGACGGGAACACAGUUGCGCACGCGCAUUUGUCAUAGCCGGAAGUCAUGUGUUGGGCCAUCGACGCAAGUGAGACACUGUAACCCGCAACCAUGUCCAAGUUCAACUCGUAGUCAAGCGCGCAAGUCUCUCGUGCGACAGAUCUUACGCAGUAUGGUGAACAACUUUGCUCUGCAAAUGGCGACGCACCCAACAAUCGACAAAACAUUUCUAGGUACAGCAUCGCAUGCGAAUGUCAUAAAAUCCAAAACCGCUGAGGAGCCGGGGACUACCCGGCAACUGCAUGAGUCAGAUCAUGGUGGAUAUGGUCUGUGGUCGCUAUGGGGAUCAUGUAGCAAGUUAUGUGGGACGGGAACACAGUUGCGCACGCGCAUUUGUCAUAGCCGGAAGUCAUGUGUUGGGCCAUCGACGCAAGUGAGACACUGUAACCCGCAACCAUGUCCAAGUACGUGUUACGUGUUACGUGCAACCAUGUCCAAGUACGUGUUACGUGUUACGUGUUACGUGCAACCAUGUCCAGUUGACGGUGGAUUUAAUGACUGGUCGGAGUUCUCUCUCUGCACGAAGACGUGUGGUGCUAGGGCAAUGAGGUUCAGAUUGAGAUCAUGUGAUAACCCUCAACCAGCUUUUGGCGGCAAACCUUGCGCAGGACCGACCAAGCAGACUAUUCCAUGUGGGAAACUGCCACCUUGCCCACUAAAUGGUGGCUAUAGCCCGUGGGGAGCCUGGUCCGGCUGUGACGCAGACUGUGGGGGAGGAGUACGGGAGAGAACGCGCUUCUGUACGAAUCCCGUGCCCGGGUGGGGUGGAAGACACUGUGAAGCGUUAGGUCCAAGCAAAGUUUCGGAGCUGUGUAACCUCGCUCCGUGCACCGACAUCAAAAACAACGAAAAAACUCGUGUGACAUCACCAAACAAGACUGGGGCGACCAAACAACUUGUUAGUUUUAUCAGCCAGCUAUAGCGUACACGAGGCGCAAAUGGGGUGUGGACAUUGUCCCGUCUGUUGGCGAAGAGCGACCCUACACCAGUAAGAAAAGGCGUCCUGGUAGACCAAGACAUCAAGCCACCACAUCUUCAAAACAGCCAAUUUCUUGUUUAACAAGCAGUUUAAGUGAUUUUCUGGGUAAAACAUUUCGCGUCAACUCCACACGUUUCCUCAGUCCUGUCACCAGUCCGAGAGUUAGGGCUGACCGGAAAUCAGAGUACUAACCGGAAGUGCCUUCCCUCUUGGACAUCAACACGUGCAGCGUGACAGCAUGAAGGCCUUGUAAUGAAUUCGUCCGGUUAUUUGUACUGGCUGUGGGUGCCGGUUCCGGACGCCACGCAUAUCUGAGGUCCUUAAAGGCGCUGGACUCAACACUCAGCUUACCAAUUAAAAUGAUUGCUCUCUUGUCAAGACAACCAGAGAUAUGUACUGGGGAGAUUUUUGAGGUUUAGAAGUUGUUUUUUCCUGGUUUCUCCUUUAAUUUAAAAAAUCGCAAGGGAUGUUGAUAGUGAGGCUAUGUAAGGGAAUUUAUAUUUAUUUAUAUAUAAUUUUGAAUUAGGAGGGGGGAUAUUUAUCAAAGAACAGUUGUAGCACGGGCAACUUGCUGGAGUAUUUACCGGAAAAGCCCUCGAGAAUUGCAAUUAUUUAAUACAACCAUCAGUCGAACAUUUUUUUACACGUGAAUAAAACAAAUCUAACAGUUUA